AUGUUGCUCCGUUGGCUGGUAAUCGUACUCGUCCAGGGUGUCUGGGCUAACAUCGAGGACGAGCGGUGUGUGACGGCUGUCUACUCGGCAUAUGACUAUGUAUCAUUUGCUGGUCUUCCCACAAAAGGCAGAAACUUCUGGGAAUCGAAAUGCCGGAAUCCUCUCAAAGUCGCAUCGAUAUAUGCCGCAUCCGAGAUAUAUUGCAAUGAGCGGGAACGUGCGAUAGGUCUGACUCAGCUGGCUAACCGGUGCCAAGAAUCUGGGAACCUAGAGCUGUUGUCGAGAGAAGCCGUUGCUGAAAAUUUGACAGAGGAUGCAAUAAGGAAUAUGAAAACGGUCGACUAUCAAGAGUUGUCCCGAGGCGAACCAGCGGACGCCCCUGUCCUUAUUUCUGCGUCUUACUUUGACCUAAUGUUCAAGACAAUUGAAUCUUGGGAAUUUGAAACUUGGUCACACCAUGCAUUUAGUUAUGUUGGCUAUGCAUAUUGGGGUGGCAUACUUUCACUGGGGAUGGCCUAUCGCUUGGCUGAUUGGUUAUUCCACCGCCGACAACGACGUGCAGAGCGUGCAUUAGAAUGCAAUGUGUAUCCUGUCAUAAAGUUGUUAGAAAGUAUCCCGUUGCUGGGGACAGGUAUUCACUGGAUCCAGACCCAUGUGAUGAUUCCAGGGCCUUUGACAGCAAAAAAUGGUCGACACUUGCUAGGCUUCACAUUCUCCACCAGAGUCGAGGCGCUUAUAGUCGUGGGGUUUUGGAUGAUCAGCAUUGUAUUGAGUGUCGUCGGCUAUCGCACGUUCCCCGGGAAUAUUUACUGGUCCGAUGUCCUAAGUCAGAUUCUACGCUAUUCUGCAGACCGUACUGGGAUCAUGUCAUUUGCAAAUUUGCCUCUUUUAUGGCUCUUUGCGGGACGAAAUAAUAUUUUCCUAUGGGCCACCGGGUGGAGCUUUGCAUCGUUCAAUAUAUUCCAUCGUCACGUGGCCCGCGUGACUACUGUACAAGCAAUAGUGCACUCUAUCCUUUACGUUGUCAUGUUUAUUCAAAGUAAGUAUUGGGUAUUUGAUUUCAAAUGCAAGCCAGAAUACGGAGUACUUACAUUGCAAAUCGUAGGGGGCAAAGCUUGGAGGGGUCUGUCUAAGACCUAUGUUUUGUGGGGGAUUUUGGGCACAUUCGUGAUGAGCCUACUAUUGAUUACCUCAUUAGAUCGGAUUCGCAUUGCGACAUAUGAGCUCUUCUUGAUUGCUCAUGUUGUGUUUUCGAUCAUGGCUCUUGUCGGAUGCUUUUACCAUACGAUUGUAUUUGAAGGGAACGAAUACUGGAAGUAUCUGUGGCCAACGGUAGCUUUAUGGAUCAUUGAUCGCUUCCUUCGAAUUGUGCGGCUGUGUUACUGUAACUUUCACGUUAGCAUUUCAAACGGAAGACUUGUGAAGGUUUCUGCGACCCGCAUGGUUUACGACGAAAUGGCCGACGUGGUGCGGCUGGAGAUCACACCAGGGAUGCUUUCUUUACAGCCUUCACCAGGACAGUACUACUAUUUAUACCAACCGUUUCGGCUUACUGGAUGGGAGAGCCAUCCUUUUACCAUUGGAGCUUGGUCUUACGAAACAGAGGACUGGACCUCAUUGGCAACGACAUCCAAGGGAAGGCCAAUCAAAUUGCAUGAUGUUUCGCAUGUGCCGCUUCUUGCAGGCAGUGCCCCCGAGCAGGAUUAUCAAGCCAACUCAGAGAGUGGCUCCUCAGCUCAAGAAACAUUGUUGAAGUUGACAUUUUGGGUCCGCCCGUAUGACGGUUGGACCAAACAGUUACGCCAACAAUGUCUAAGCUCACCAGGCAAGACAGGCGAAACAACCAUUCUUCUUGAAGGCCCUUAUGGAGAAACAUUUCCACUGUGGAGAUAUGAAUCAGUCUUGAUCAUCGUCGGGGGGACGGGAAUAGCGUCGGCUGUGCCUUAUAUUCAAGAUCACCUCCGCCGAUCUGAUGAAGCCUGGGACGAAAAUCCCGAAAAUGAGAAAACACGAGUCCAAGACAUGGAGCUUAUUUGGACCACAAAACAAGCGGCAUUCAUCCAAGAUGUCUCUCGCCGCGAACUGAAACCCGCCCUCGAAAGAUCGGACUUUCGGGCCUCUUUCUACGCUACCCGUGAUUCCAGCGCAUCCUCUGAAGAUCCAACCGAUUUUGGAUUCGAUAUCCAGUCAGGUCGACCCCACCUUCAAUCCCUGAUCAUGAGCCGGGCCUGUGAUGCAUGCUCAGCCAGUACUAGCCUUGCGAUCCUUGUGUGUGGCCCACCUAGAAUGGCGGAUGAAGCACGCGCUGCGACACAUCUUGCGAUGCGACAAGGCUACCACUCUAUUAAAUUUGUAGAGGAGUCUUUUACAUGGUAG